AUGGGUUGCGCUAAGUCAAGCCCGGCAAAAAUGGAAAACAGGUCCCUUAAACCCACUCUGUGCAAUGCUGGAACUCCCAAACGGGUAGGUAAACGAUCAUCUCUCACCAGCGACAAACCAAAGCGACCUCCAAAUGCUUAUGUUCUCUUUGUGCAAGACAAUGCUUCUUUAUGGAGUGGUGACAUGGCAACAUUUUCACGAAAAGUUGCAGACAAGUGGAGAAAGCUAGAUCCUAAACAAAAGGCCACCUACGUGAAUAAAGCUCACGGUUUAAUGAGCAACUAUAAAGGAAGUUGCCCUAAUUCAAAGUGCUCUGAUUAUUUAACAUUUGUUUGCCAAUCGUACAAAUGUCUCAGAACAAGACAUCCUGAUUGGACUUCACAAAGAAUAAUGGACGCAAUUAAGGAUGAAUACAGAAGACAGCGGUCUUCAAAAAAAUGA